AUGCUUCUCCUCGCGGCCUUCCUCGUUGCAGAGACCAUGGCCGUCCCGCUUGCGAAUCAAGCAGAGCCUCAAACUUUCUCCGAGGUGUUCUGUGCGGAGAGCCCGUGGAUGUGCUCCGACACGAUCGAUUGCCGAAAGCCUGACGGUGAGAUCCCGUCCCCCGAGGAGGUAAUUCAAGAGCUUGCAGCAUUGGUGGAGAAAGUCACAAAAGAGCCAAACACGCCAAAUAGGAGGUCGUGGUGCUUCACAAACUCGGCAUACUGGGACCGCGUGGUGAGGAAAUGCAUCGUCGAGGGCGACUUGAAAGCCGCCGCCCACGAGCAGUUCCGCUGGUCAGUACUGAUGCACCCGCUUGAUGAGAUGGAUGCAAGCUACUGUUUUCUCAUGGGCCUCUGCCAGAAUGAGGAGGUGACCGAAUCGACGACUCCCGAGGAAGCUGUCGAGAUCUGCAAUCGGCGAUUCCCCGAGCCUGGGGGCUGGCAGAGCGUAGGCUUCCACAACGCACCAACGACGGUCCUGGACUUCAACCCUCGGAGUGUGGACACGUACACGCACUUCAAUACCACUGAGCAGGUGGAAAGCUAUCUGAAGUUGGCCUGUGCACAGGGCAACUACCACUGCGACGUGAUGUACUGCAAGGAGACCUACUGCAAGACCGACUACUACUACCAGAAGUACAAGCACUACUUGCCAUCGCCACCUUAG